GAAAUUUUAAAAGUAGGUUGAAUCGAAUCCUCUGCCCUGCCCUUUAUCUGUUAGCUGUUGGCAUCCAGCGCGGUGUGAGUCUCGAGCGACUGGUGGAUUACAUUCUCAGCAGCGCAGCCUAGAAAUUUAAGCGAUUGAAAUCGUUUUGCCGAUUAGACUAGGAUUCUAUUGGUACGAGGUCAAGAGCUUAUCUACUAUGGUGAACGCCAUCAAAGGAUUGUACAUUUCAUGUGACAUUCCCAUGGCACAGUUCAUCAUCAACAUGAAUGCUGCACUACCUCAAUCUCAGAAGUUCAUUAUACAUGUCUUGGACAACACUCAUCUCUUUGUUCGCUCGGAUGUGGCUGGUAUGAUAAGGAGUGCCAUUGCAGAAUUCAGGGAGCAGAACACAUAUGAGAAGCCUUCUUGAUUUUGUACAUACAACCCCUUUACACAUUGUAUGGCUUUCGGUAUUUGGCUGAAACCAUUUAGUGUGCAGCGGAACUUAAAGCUCUGACAUUGCCCUGUUUGUGACAUGUACUCUGGCAAUUUUCUACCCAAAUAACACUUUUUUACCCCAUUGUUUGAACAGAGGAAUGCCUUAAUAUUGUUAUUUUGAAGCCAUUGUAAUAUUAAGAAAGAACAAAUAAAGCUCCUUGUGACUGCA